UUCCCAAACCCAACCGUCCUUCUUCGCCUUCGUCUUCUUCUGAGCAUAUCUAUGUAUAUAUCCCCAAAUAUUACAAAAGCUCAAAGCUAGAGAGAGAGAGAGAGAGAGAGAGAGAUGGGUUAUGCUAAGGUGCUUCUGGGUGUGCUCCUAGUCUCUGCUCUGGCCGCCACAUCAACAGCUCAGCAACCGGCACGAUUUAAAUGCAGCAAAGAGAACGCCACGUGCACCGCCCUGAUCGACUACACGUCCCCCAACAAGACGACCCUCUCCGCCAUCCAAAAGCUCUUCCAAGUCAAGAAGUUCCGCAACCUCCUCGGCGCCAACAACUUCUCAAGCUCCACCUCAGACAAGCAGGUCGUCAACGCGACGCAGACGAUCCGAAUCCCCUUCACCUGCGUCUGCUCCAACGGCAUAGGUCUCUCCAACCGUAGCCCCGUCUACACCGUCGUGAAAGAUGAUGGGUUGUCCCACAUCGCCGUCGACGUGUUUUCUGGACUGGUAACGUACCAGCAAAUCGCGGACGUUAAUGGGAUUCCUGAUGUGAACAAGAUUGACGUGGGGCAGAAGCUGUGGAUCCCACUUCCGUGCAGCUGUGAUGACGUGGAUGCGAUCACGGUCGUCCAUUAUGGGCUCCUGGUGAAAUCCGGGAGCUCGGUGGAGGGGAUAGCGGAGUCGUAUGGGACCACGUCAGCUACUCUGCUGAGCCUCAAUCAGAUGGUUAAUGCUAGUGAUCUGAAGGCCGGUCAAGUUCUUGAUGUCCCCCUCAAAGCUUGUACAUCUAAUAUAAGCAGCACCUCCUUGGACUACCCUUUACUUGUUGCCAAAGACACUUAUUUCUACACUGCUAAAAAUUGUAUCAAGUGUACAUGUGGCUCGGCGAACAACUAUACGUCACUAGACUGUGAGCCUUCUGGACUAAAACCAUUAUCCAACUGGACAACAUGCCCUGCCAUGCAAUGUGAAGGUGCAGGCAAUCAAUACAUGAUUGGCAACGUAACAUCUUCUUCAAAUUGUAACCAAACAACCUGUGCGUAUACUGGUUACGACAACAGCACCAUUUUUGCGAGCCUCAUCACGGAGUCCACUUGUCCAGCUUCUGCGUCUCCGACGAAUGGUAUUCAAGGUUUAAGAUGGAACUUCAUUUUCAUCUCUAUUCAACUGAUCUUCGUUUGUCUUCAUCUUUCCCAUUAAGAUGUAGGUAACUUUUCUAUGGUUUUAUCCACUCUCAACUUACUGUAUUAGUACAGGAGCUGACAAUUGUGAUGUAGAGUGAGUACCUCAUUUGAUUUGAUUUGAUUUGAUUUUGGCGUAUGAGAGAUUGAACUUGUAGCAUCAACAAGCGGAAAAUUGAAGUUUUUUGCUUGGAGGGUUAUCUGUAAAGUUUUAUCAUCAAAAGGGAGAUUUUGUUUGUCCUUA